AUGUACAUAAAAUUAGAAACAACAAGGCUUGAAUAUUUCAGAAAAGAACAAUCUAAUUUUAUAAGAGAGGUUUAUCAAGGUAUAGUUGAUAGUAUUAUUGCCGGAGAAUCUAGAGGAGAUAAAAUUGGUCAAAGAGUACUACUUCCAGCUUCUUUUAUUGGAGGUCCACGAGAUAUGCGAAGGCGGUAUAUGGACGCAAUGGCUUUGGUUCAGCAUUUUAAAAGACAUGAUCUAUUCAUAACAAUGACAUGUAAUCCUGAUUGGGUGGAGAUCCAACAAGAAUUGGGCAAAGGCCAAACUCCUCAAGAUAGAUCAAACUUGGUGACUAGAGUAUUAAGAGCAAAACUGCAGGACCUAAAAGACCAAAUUUUCAAAACAAAAAAAAUUGGAAUUGUUGCAGCUCAUGUCUUCGUAGUGGAAUUCCAAAAAAUAGGGCUACCUCAUAUACACCUUUUGGUCAUACUGAAAGAAGGCCACAAGAUACAAAUAGCAGAUCAGUACGAUAAGUUUAUAACUGCAGAAAUUUUAGACAAAUCUAAAUAUUCGCUCUUGCAUGAAUUAGUAGUCAAGCAUAUGCUGCAUUGUCCAUGGGGACAACAUCAUCCAACGAAUUCAUGUAUGCAAUACGGCCAAUGCAAGUAUCACUAUCCUCGCUCUUUUAUCAACAAAUCAAUGCAAGCAAAGGAUGGGUAUCCUAUUUACAAAAGAGGAAAUGAUGGAAGGUUUGAGAUCGUUCACAGAAUGAAAAUGAAUAACCAAUGGGUUGUGUCCUAUAAUGCUUAUUUGCUUACAAGAUACAAUUGUCACAUUAAUGUCGAGGUCUGCUCAGGCGUAAAAGCAAUAAAGUACCUUUACAAGUAUAUAUAUAAAGGCCAUGAUAGGUGUGUUGUUUAUAUUGAGUCUGGUGAUGGAGAAACAAUAAUUCAUGAGAUCCAAAGUUUUCAAGAUGCGAGGUGGGUUUCACCACCAGAAGCACUAUGGAGAAUUUAUGAAUUUCAUAUAAGUGAAAUGCAAUAUCCCGUUAUUAACCUUCAACUACAUCUUCCUGACAAACAUUCAGCUAAUCCUAGGGAGGGAGAAAGGUAUUAUGAACGGUUAUUACUAAACCAUGUUAGAGGACCAUUUUCAUUCAAGGACUUACUCAAGGUCAAUAGAAGACAGUGUGACACCUUUAAAGAAGCAGCCAAAGAAAGAGGGUUGUUAGAAUCAGAUGACAACAUAUCAGAAUGUUUGCGUGAAACUGCCUUUUUCAAAAUGCCAUCAGCUCUCCGAAGUUUGUUCGCAACAAUUCUGGUACACUAUAACCCCAUAGACAUUAGGAAACUCUGGGAUACGUAUUUCGAGGAUAUAUCUGAAGAUUUUUGCAGGAUAGAUGAAAACUCACCCACAACUUAG